UGUAUGCAUAUUAUAUCUAUUCUUUUUUAUGUUUUAUUUUCAGUGAAAUCAUCUUCCACCGUUUCACCGUCAAGAUCUUAUAUAAAUUGUGAUAAAUGUAAAAUUGAGAUACCUAGACAUGAAUACAGAUAUCAUAAACGAACUAAUAUCCAUAAAUCGAAUUGUUUGAUAAAAUCAGAGUUUGAACAUAUUGAUAUAAUAGCUACAGCAUUUAAAAAUAGAAUAAUGACUUAUCGCUUAAACCCAUCCAUAGAAGACGAGUACCUCCUACCAGAGGCGUUCUUGGAUGGUAAGCGAGAUGAUGUUUUUAAACUAGUUGAGCUAUCAUUAAUAAAGAAUACAUGUAUUAAAGUUAACUUUGAGCUGUUUGCUUAUUUCAUUUUACCUAAAUCAGGUGAGCAACAGCUGAAGUCGUUUAAUACAAAAUAUGAAGUUAUUUAUAAAAGUACUGAUUUUGAUGAAAUUUAUUUGAAUGUAAGAGAGACUUUCAAGAUGAAAUUAACUGAAUUUGAGCACUGUGAAUCUGGGUGGUCUUUAACAUCGUUGAGUCAUUUAGAAAUAAAUAUAAAUAAGUAUUCUCCUAUGAGAGGUGGAUCUUACAUAGAAUUACCAGAAGUUAUUAAGAAAACAAAGAGCUGUAUUAAUAUACAAAAUAACGAUGAAUAUUGUUUUUUAUGGAGCAUAUUAGCAGCAUUAUUUCCAGUCAAAAAUAAUGUCUGUAGGACAAGCUCUUAUCCUCAUUUUAGUACGAUAUUUAAUAUAACAGGGAUGUCAUUCCCGCUAUCACCUAAAGAUAUCAGAUUAUUUGAAAAUAAUAACAGUGAUUUAAGUAUUAAUAUUUAUGGAUUGGAUAAACAUUUCAAUGUAACUGGCCCCCUAUAUACGACAAAUUUUAGGAGAGAUAAACAUAUUAAUUUAUUGUAUUACGAAAAAGAAAACAGAGCUCAUUAUUGUUUAAUAAAAAACCUAUUACGCUUAGUGAGACGUCAAGUUUCAAAACAUAAAGGUCGAAUGUAUUUAUGUGAGACAUGUUUGCAAUUUUUUACUAGUGAAACAAAAUUCCAUUCUCAUGCAUGUUCUAAAAUUAUAACUUUAUUACCAGAUAAAAACAGUAUGCUGCAA